CACCACCAGUGUCAGUUCUCAUUUUCGCUUCCAGCCAGAUAAACUCCCAAGUCUCCAAGUGUCCCGACCAUGCGUCUGUCUUUCAUGCUGGCGGUGAUGACGGCCAUCACCUACUUCGUGGCCUGUACCGCGGCUGCGGAUUCCGACGUAACAAUGGAUUCACCAGACCUCGUCCGUUCACUCGAUGCAACAAAGUACAUCGAUGGUGCCCGCAGAAAACUUCUUCGAGGACAUAAGGACUCUGAAACGGAAGAGCGCGGUCUUGCGGACUGGCUGGAGAAGAGUAAUGUCAAGAAAUUGGCUAAGGAAAUCUUGAAAGACUAUACGAAGGGUGACGCCGCAUACACGGAAUGGGCUCAAAAGGGUUAUACCCUGGACAAAAUGAAGAAGCUCCUGGAUAUCGAGAAAAAGGACAAGUACCUUUCGGUCUACAAUGACUAUGUUUCGCACUUGUAUCAGCUCUAAGAGACCGGGCGGAAACAAGUGUUAGUGCUUUGGUAUUUGCAUGACAGCAAUCAACCACGAUGGCGAGACAGAAUAAACUUCAAAAGCAAUAUAUCUGGCAUUCUUUUUGACACUUGAUCGCCAUGUAAAUAUUUGAGGUUCGAGUGAAUAUAUUACUAACUCAAGCAUACUUAAGAAAAGCCAAGCAUCGUGAAGUAAUUUAGUGCUGCCCUCACAUCUAAAUUAGCGACAACCGAUUCCCC